AUGCGAUCCCUGCAGCAGGCACAGGCACCGUACUGGCUAGCGCCGGUCCAAACUGGCCCGCGAGAGCCGCAGUGGCUGGCUCCGGCCAAGCAAGGGGCUUGCAGGACGGCCGGCGGCAACCAAGGGUCGUACAUCGAGAAGUGGGGCGUCACGGAGAGCAAGUGCGGGGAGGAGUGCGUGACUACUUAUUCGCAUGAGUGCGUGGCGUGGGAAUUCACGGAGGUCAAGCCGAAGCAGUGGGUGUGCGAGCUGCACAAGGACCCAGUCAAGUCGGUGUACCCGAUCCCGACCUCGCGCUGCUACAUCAUCUUCGCCCACAAGUCCUCCUUCGGAGGCGCCCUCUCGAUGCCCAUGCAAGCGGCAGCCCCCGCCGCCGCGGCGGUGGUCCCCACGCCUCAGCCGACGACCAGGCCAAAGGGCAGGCCAAAGGGAUACAUGAUCAACAUGCGGAGCAUCCGCGGCGCUAAGCCGAUGGGAGUCAACGUCACUUUCGACAGGGCGAUCAUAGCGAUCAUGAGGGACGCCUCCAUCACCGACUCCGACUUCCCGUACGCCUCCUUCGACGGCGCACAGCUGACCGGCAUCCAUCAGCAGCUCGGCCACGGACUAGGCACGACCUUCGACGGCACCGGUUUCGUCGACUCCAACUUCACGGGCUCGAUGAUGCAGGGCGUCAUCAUGAUCCGGAAGCUGCAGCUGCAGAACGCCAACCUCAACGGGGCGACUCUGCGCGACUGCAAGCUGCAAGAGCUGAACAUGAUCUCCGCCACGGCGGUCGGCGCCGACUUUUCGGGCUCGGUCCUCAACAUCGGCUGCUUCGACAAGGCAGACGUGAGCUACUCCAAGUUCAUUGGAGCGAGCGUCCCCGACUCGACCUUCAACAACACAGUCAUCAAGGGCACCGACUUCACGGGCGCGCUUGGCACGUUGAAGGCAGACUUCUACCAUGCGAUCGGGGUGCCCCUCGUGUGCGACGGGUGCAACUACCCGGGAAGCGGCUUGGCGCCCCUACCGGCGCCGAUCACAUCAGGACACGGUCUCGACGCGCUCGGCAGCCUGGGAACGGUGGCGGCCAGAGGCAAAGCCUACGAGGGUGGUGGAACCACAUGUCACGGCUACUGCCGGCUCGACCCCACGAUAGCCUCCGAAGGCUGA